AUGAGUGAGCCGACUGAAGAAGUGGAAAAGUGGGAGCCGGGAAAAUUCCUAAACAUUGAUUGCGGUGCGGGUAGAAGAAGGGAAAGGCAGAUGAGUGUGAGGGAGCCCUUUUCACCAUUAUUAAUGAAUUUUUUUCCAUUAGACCUAGCUCUUGAAAAAGCAAUGGAACAUGCAAAUGGGCAGCAACUCUUCUUUUACGCUAGGUAUGCCGGUGAUCUAGUGUUUAAGGUUUUGGAUUUAGGACCUAGAUGUCAUCGAAUGAAUGCUCGGUAUACUUGCUUUCAGAAGGAAGCUAAUCUGAACACUGAAUCCAGAAGAAAGAAGCUUUUCUAUUUUGAGAGAUGA